AUGGAUGAUAAAAAUCCUAAUUUUGAGCUGAUUGAUGAAUUGGGACGUACUGAAAUUCCCAUAGAAAAUCAAAAUGAUGAUGAAUACAAUUUAGAUGAUGAUGAUAAUUGGAUACCGGAUCCUGUGGAUGCUGGACCUGAAUACAAAUCAUCAAUAUAUCGAUUAGCUGAUAUGACGAAUUUACUUAUUAGUUUAUUCGAUAAUACAGAAUUACUCACCGAAGAAAUUCAAAGACAAAUGGCAGAAUGUCUAUUAUUAAAAACUGAUUUUAAUACUACAAAGGAGCUAGCUAAACUCGAAUUGUUUAAACUUCGAUUUGGCGAAUCUAAAAUGUCAACUGUUGAAGUAAUGGUUAAAGAUAUUUCAGAUUCAAAAAGAAUAAAUGGAAAUAUUUAUAAUAAUAAUGAAAGAUUAAUUCGUAAAAAUGCAGCCGAGUCAUCAGAUCUUGAAAUAAUUUUAAAUAAUGAAAAUGAAAUUUUAUAUACUUCCAUUCUUUCAAGAUUAUUUUGGCCAACUAUUAAUAAUGAAGAAUUUGAAGUUCCGCCUCCAAUAUCUGAUGAAAUGAAAACUUAUAAUAAUGCCUUUCAAAGUUUAAAACCAAGAAGAAAACUUAAUUGGUUACCUUCACUCGGCAAAGUUCAAUUGGAAUUGGAAUUUCAAGGGAAAACACUUGAAAUGGAAGUAGAACCGGUUCAUGCAACAAUUAUAUACCAUUUUCAAGAAAAAGAUACAUGGAAAUUGGAUGAUUUGGCAAAACAGAUGAAAUAUGAUCCACAAAAACUUAAAUAUAAAAUGGAAUUUUGGACAGAUCGUGGUAUAUUAGGAAAGAAAUCUAAAGACGAAUGGGUUCUUUUAGAGAUGGAAACAAAGGCAUCAUCAACAAAUAUCUAG